UGUUUCCUCAUUUCAAGAAGACCAAACGUGUUGUUUGAUGCCGAGAAUGACCGCUAAAUUAUAUAAAACUUGAAUAUCUCAUGCGAAAACAGGUAAUCCGCAAAUGCUAUGAAUUAGUGAAUGGCAUUUUGGAAUCAAAGAAGUGCAAUAUACGAGGACAUAUACGCCAGUAUUCGAAGAGAGGUAUACGGGACAAAGUCGAGAACAUUGAAGUCAUGGCGGGCGAAAACGAAAAAGAUUUCGAAAUAUGCUCCAGUCCCCCUCGACCAAGCUUUAAAAUAACAACUCCAUCUGAAUUUGUCAAAGAAGAGACUGUUGCAAGUGGAAACUGGUUGUCCUUACAAAAGUUGACAUAUAAAGACCCAACAGGAAAGGCUAGAGAAUGGGAGGCAGUUUCCAGGACAACAAGAGGGUCUGGUGCUUUGGAUGCUGUGGUUGUCAUGGCAACAUUGAAACGUACACUUAAAUAUGAUUGCAUAGUACUAGUGAAGCAGUACAGACCCCCCAUGAAGACAUAUACAAUAGAGUUUCCAGCAGGUCUGAUAGAUUCAGGAGAGGACCCUAAAGAGACUGCUGUCAGAGAGCUAAAGGAAGAAACUGGUUACCAUGCUGAUAUUAAACAUAUAUCACCAGCUGUGUGUUUAGACCCUGGGCUGAGUAGCUGUACUGUAGCAUUAGUGAGUGCAGAAAUUGAUGGGGAUUCUCAUGUAAACCUCCACCCACAAUCUAAUCCUGACUCUACAGAAUUCAUAGAAGUCUUAACAGUGCCAUUAAAUGAGCUAUUGGACACAUUAAAUGUUCACGCCAACCAGGGAUCAGUAAUAGAUGCUAGGGUCUAUACAUAUGCAGUUGCUCAGGCGCAGGCAUUGAAGGAGCACAAACUGGAGCCUUGGGUGGGCCUCAACAAAUCAUAGUGUAACAAUACUUGUCAUGAGCAGUACUGCUGGUGCUAAAAACAAUGUACAACAUACAUUUUAAAGGAAUUGGACUUUCUCAUUUUAUUUUCUCAGCAUCUGUUUUUUGGCAUUUGUAGAUUAUUAAUAAAUAUAUGGUUAGGUUAAAGUGGCGCACGUUGGAGUCUGUGGUCUGAUGGAUCAUGGGAAAGAAUUGCGCAAUUGAACUCUGGGAGGAUUUUCCCAUUUGUCUGGUCAGAUGUUGCUCUGGAUAUUGUGUCCAUUUCAAUGCUUCAUUCAACAAAUGGUACAUACAUUUUUGGUCAUUCAUUAUCAUAUAAUUACAAAAUCAUUGGAGCCAAAUAUAUUUUGUAUACACAUUCCAACUCCAAGUAUGUGUGUUCACAUUCCAAUGUACUCUCUGCAAUAGAACUGUAGAUAGAAUAAGAUAUGUAGGAUAUUUUUUUAUAAUAGGGAAACUGUCAUAUUGUGUUGUCAUUAUGACAAUAUACAGGGCUGCAGGGUGACCCAAAAAAAUGCAAC